AUGCCAUUCCACCAUGUGACAGCUGGCUUGUUGUACAAGGGCAACUACCUGACCCGCUCCCUCUCCGCCGGCAGCGACAGCGAGCAGCUCGCCAACAUCUCCGUGGAGGAGCUGGAUGAGAUCCGUGAAGCUUUCCGAGUGCUGGACAGGGAUGGGAAUGGCUUUAUAUCCAAGCAGGAGCUGGGCAUGGCCAUGCGUUCCCUGGGGUACAUGCCCAGUGAGGUGGAACUGGCCAUUAUCAUGCAGCGCCUUGACAUGGAUGGGGAUGGCCAGGUGGAUUUUGAUGAAUUCAUGACAAUUCUGGGACCUAAGCUGGUGUCAUCGGAAGGCAGAGAUGGCUUCCUGGGAAACACAAUAGACAGCAUCUUCUGGCAGUUUGACAUGCAGAGGAUAACACUGGAGGAGCUGAAGCACAUCCUGUACCACGCCUUCCGGGACCACCUCACCAUGAAGGACAUUGAGAACAUCAUCAUCAACGAAGAGGAGAGUUUAAAUGAAAACUCUGGCAACUGCCAAACGGAGUUUGAAGGGGUGCACGCCCAGAAGCAGAACAGACAGACCUGCGUCCGGAAGAGCCUUAUCUGCGCCUUCGCCAUGGCCUUCAUCAUCAGCGUGAUGCUGAUCGCCGCCAACCAGAUCCUGCGCAGCGGGAUGGAGUAG